AGGGCCGCUCGGAGCCAGCCAGCCAGACGCCGCAGCAUUCGCCCUGUGGCGGACAUGCCUCGAUCCUUCUGCCUCGAUCCUUCUGCCUCGACCCUCAUCUUCCGACACCAACGUUCGCCCACAGAACAAGCCAGCCAUGUCGCUCCGUGAUCUCAAAAUCAAGACCGGCGUCGUCAAGCGAUUGGAUAAGGAGCUCUCAUACUACCACCUCGAGUCGACCAAGCAGCAGGACCGCAUCGACAAGCUGAAGCAGAGCGGCGCCGACGAUGCCGACAUCCGCAAGCAGACCGAAGUCCUGCAGGAGACCACCGUGAUGAUCCCCGACAGCAAGAAGCGGCUGGAGGCUGCCUACAAGGAGCUGGAGUCUCUCCUGGAAAAGCUGCAGGCCGAGAACCAGGAGGCCGAAGAGGUCGUUGCCGCGCAAGAUAUUCUCCAGCAAGCUCUUCCCCAGCUCAGCUUGUAGACGCACUGGCUCGAUGCUGUCCCAUGGAGGAUGGGCAACACAACCCUCCGUCCCUCACAGCGGCAAGCACGCACCUUGCAAGAACACUCCUCUCUGGAGGCAAUGUACGGGCAGUGCCAGUGAAGCAGCCCAAAUCGAAACCGGUUCUUAGUGCAAGUAGUGGCUCCUGCGGAUCCUGAAUACACACCGUGAAUCGCCCGACAUGAUGGCCAACAGUGGAUUCAAGGAGACCGACGUUGUGGUUGUCGUUGGGGAUCAAGUGGAUGCAGAGCAGCAGUGCGUUAUCGGUGGAUGAUGCUCCUCGGUGUGCUGUCGAUGGGCACUGCCUCGCGUGGCCCGCGAGUUACAGGGCGAGUUACAGCCCAUACGAACGAGUACUGAAUGAACAUGCGUAUAUUCAGGAUCCAGAA